GCAUUGUUUCUGAAGGGAAAAGGAACUCCCUGUUUGCAUAUUUCCUGAAUUUCUCCCUGUCGCUUAACCCAAACCCCCUUUCACCCUGUGUAUCGGCCCCCGUGGUUCAUCGUUUCGCAGCAAAAUUUUCUUGGAUUUACCAAGUUGGUCGAUCCCCAUUAAUUUUUUUUUUCAGUCAAUAUCCGGGCUUUGCGUCCUCGUUUUCAUCAGGCUUUUUGGGUUCUUUUCCCCUAUCUUGGUCGAUUUCGGGGUUGCGAUUCGGCGGGGGGCAGCAUGAGUGCUCCAAAGAAAAAGACUUUCAAGAUCGAGCCCUUCAAACACAGGGUGGAGAUGGAUCCCAAAUAUGCAGAGAAGACGUGGAAGCUCCUGGAGCACGCCAUUCACGAGAUUUACAAUCACAACGCCAGCGGUCUCAGCUUUGAGGAACUUUAUCGGAAUGCUUAUAACAUGGUGCUACAUAAAUACGGGGACAAACUAUACUCAGGUCUGGUCAACACAAUGACUUGGCACUUGAAAGAGAUAUCAAAAUCUAUUGAGGCUGCUCAGGGUGGACUAUUUUUAGAUGAGCUAAAUAGGAAGUGGAGAGAUCAUAAUAAAGCACUUGAGAUGGUUCGGGAUAUAUUAAUGUACAUGGAUAGGACCUAUGUUCAUAACAAUCAAAAAAUACCUGUUCAUGAGCUUGGACUUAACCUGUGGAGGGAUAAUAUUAUCCAUUCUAGUAACAUCCAAGCGAGGCUUCUGAACACUCUUCUUGAACUGAUACACAAGGAGCGUACGGGCGACGUUAUUGAUCGUGGCCUGAUGAGGAGCAUAAUAAAGAUGCUUAUGGAUUUGGGUCCUGCAGUUUACCAAGAGGAUUUUGAGAAACCAUUUUUGGAGGUCUCUGCCAAUUUUUACAGUGUUGAAUCUCAAGAGUUCAUUGAGUGCUGCGAUUGUGGGGAAUAUCUGAAGAAAGCUGAAAGGAGGUUGAAUGAAGAGAUGGAGAGAGUGUCCCACUACCUGGAUGCCAAAAGUGAAGGAAAAAUAACCAAUGUAGUGGAGACUGAGAUGAUAGCAAAUCACAUGCAUAGAUUAGUUUACAUGGAAAAUUCUGGGCUGGUGAACAUGCUUAUGGAUGACAAAUAUGAUGAUCUGUCAAGAAUGUACAAUCUGUUUAGAAGGGUACCCAGUGGGCUCUCUACCAUAAGAGAUGUGAUGACCUCUCACCUUCGAGAGACAGGAAAACAAUUGGUUACGGACCCUGAGAGAAUAAAGGAUCCUGUUGAGUUUGUUCAGAGACUGUUGGAUGAGAAGGAUAAAUAUGACAAGAUCAUAAAUUUAGCUUUUAGCAAUGACAAGGCUUUUCAAAAUGCUCUGAAUUCAUCCUUUGAGUAUUUCAUAAAUCUAAAUGCCAGGUCUCCUGAAUUUAUCUCCUUGUUUGUUGAUGAUAAACUACGCAAGGGAUUGAAGGGGGUCAGUGAGGAGGACAUUGAGGUUGUCUUAGACAAAGUAAUGAUGUUAUUCAGAUAUUUGCAAGAAAAGGAUGUGUUUGAAAAGUACUAUAAACAGCAUCUGGCGAAGAGACUCUUGUCAGGGAAGACUAUUUCAGAUGAUGCAGAAAGAAGCCUUAUCGUGAAACUCAAAACUGAAUGUGGAUACCAGUUUACAUCCAAACUGGAGGGCAUGUUCACUGAUAUGAAGACCUCCCAGGAUACCAUGCAAGGAUUCUAUGCAUGCCAGUCUGUUGAUACCAGUGAUGGCCCCACCCUUGCUGUUCAGGUCCUGACGACAGGAUCUUGGCCAACUCAGCCGAGUGCCACUUGUAAUCUGCCAGCUGAGAUCAUGGGUGUUUGUGAAAAGUUCCGGACUUAUUAUCUUGGCACUCAUACUGGCAGGAGAUUGUCAUGGCAGACCAACAUGGGGACUGCAGAUUUGAAGGCAACCUUCGGAAAGGGUCAGAAACAUGAACUAAAUGUUUCAACAUAUCAAAUGUGUGUUCUCAUGCUGUUUAAUUCUGCAGACCGCCUCACAUACCGAGAAAUUGAGCAGUCAACAGAAAUACCCGCAUCGGAUCUCAAGAGAUGCUUACAGUCUCUUGCAUGUGUGAAAGGGAAGAAUGUCCUUUUGAAGGUUCCAAUGAGCAAGGACAUUGGUGAAGAUGACGCAUUUUUAUUCAAUGAAAAGUUCACCUGCAAGCUUUACAAAAUCAAAAUAGGGACUGUUGUUGCUCAGAAGGAGACUGAGCCUGAGAAACAGGAAACACGGCAGAGGGUUGAGGAAGACAGAAAGCCUCAAAUAGAGGCUGCUAUAGUGAGGAUUAUGAAAUCUAGGAGGGUUUUAGAUCAUAACAACAUCGUAGCUGAGGUAACAAAGCAACUGCAGUCACGCUUUUUGCCCAAUCCUGCUGUAAUAAAGAAGCGCAUCGAGUCGCUGAUUGAGCGUGAAUUUUUAGAGAGAGACAAAACUGACAGGAAAUUGUAUCGUUAUCUUGCUUGAUAUGCUUUUAUGCAUGUUCCCUCUGGCUAAUAGCACAUGAAAUGUGUUCACUUUCAGUAAGCAAAGGGUCAUGCUGCCGCAGCUGGGUAGCCUGGGUUGAUGUUCUCAUGAUUCUCUUUUCGUACAUGCUCCUAGCUUAACUUGCAGUUCCAGGAAAUGCACUGCAACAUUUACUUUGUUCAAAUCUUCAUAGGCCAAUUGUUCUUUCUUUUUUUCCCCAAUUUGUCCAGUUUCCUACUCCAUGUAUCUGUAUUUUAUGGAUGAUCAGAAUCUAUAGUGUAGUUUCAUCCAUCA